CUUUUGAAAGAAAGAUCUGUCAUGUAACUCCACCAGCUCUCUUGUCCAAGUAUCAAGAAAAUGUUUUUUCUCACAAUUCUGCUGUUUUCCUACUCUCAAAUGUCUCAGCAGAUACAGAAAACUACUGAAAGUGGCAAAGGGAUCCUGUCCAACCCCAAGCUCGUACUGGUUCAGAGGAGUUUGAAUGUGGUGAUGAACCAGAACGUGACCCUCUGCUGCUGCUCUGCCUCUGGAUCUCCACCUGUCAGAUACACCUUGUUCAAGCACAACCAGCAGGUAUCCUCUCUGAACAGGUCAGACUCGACCCCUGCAUUGUUCACCUUGACUAUCAGCUCUGCCAGCGACGUGGGUCCCUACAAAUGCAAAGCUGAGCACAACACUUCCAGUGAUGGAAAAUACAGCAACAGCCUCAACUUCACUCUUAUAGAGCCAAUUUCCAAACCAGUGCUGAGCUCACCCACCUCUCACACAACGAAAGGCCAGAACGUGACCCUGUCUUGUUUCUCCGAGAACGGAUCUCUUCCCAUCACUUACAUAUUCUUCAAGGGAAAACAAAGCAUCUCUCCCCCAAAGAUGAUGUAUGAGAGGGAAGCAGCUGUGAUUUUUCUAUUUGUCAAUUCCUCUGCUGACUCUGGAACCUAUAAAUGCAAAGCUAAUAAUAGUUUUCCCAAUAGUAUGAAAUACAGCAACAGUUUCAACUUCACAUUAGCAGAAGAGAGAAGCCAUUCUCAGGCCCUGAUAAUUUCUCUUGGGCUGAUCCUGCUACUACUUGUAAUAGGAUUUGCUGUGGCAAUUCCAUUUUUCAUAAUUCCUUCAUAUAAAGCAAAAAAAUAUAAGUCUACCAGGCCCUCAACUGGCUUUACAUCAACAGUGAAUGUGGAGGAGACUGAAAAUGAUGUCAUAUAUGCAGAGAUUGAGCCUGUUAAGCCAGAAGAAGAAUACAUCAACUUUUCUGUUAUUAGAAGAGAAGAUGAAAAAGCAGGGAAGAGGGAAUGUACUACAGUCUAUUCAAAAGUCCUCAUCAGAAACUGAGUACCAGGUAUGAUCUCCUUUGUGGUUAACCUAAUCAUAUGU